AUGUCGAACAAGGCGGCCUUGAAAGCUGUGCGAACAGCCUUGGAUUCCAAGGACUUUGAAGCAGCCGCGGAGAAGUCAAAAGCUCUCAUCCAGCAGGAUCCCAAGAACUACCACGCCAACGUGUUUCUCGGCCUAGCAUACGACAAAUUGAACAAAAGCGAUGAUUCGGAACAGGCGUAUCUUGCAGCUACACGCAUUAAGCACGAUGAUCGCACUGCCUGGCAGGGCCUGAUUACUUUGUACGACAGACUGGGUGGUCCCAAGCUGGGGGCCUACCGCGAGGCCAUCAUCAAGCUCAGCCAGAUUCUCGCAGAUGGGUAUGGAUCGAUUGUUGAAGCAACAGAGCCACUGGCUAACGUAUUACGCAGUGACGAACAGGGACGUUGUCAAGAUAUUGUGGAUAAGUACACGAGUCUGGCACGGAAGAGCGGCACCAAAGCUCAGUACAAGAGCGCUCUUGAGCUCCAACUUCCCAGUAGUCCACUGUACAGCUUCCUCGAAGGACGCCUUCCGCAUCCCGCUCACACCUACCUCCGUCUGGUCGAAAUUACCGAAGCCGAAGAGAAAGAAUACAUCAAUCAUGAGAUCGCAGUUCGCAAGACGCGUCUUGGUGCAAAGAAAGAUCAGGUCACACUGGAGGUAAAGCGGGAAGCGUUCAAGAAGUAUGGACUGGCCGAUUUUUAUCGGGGUUUGAUCGAUUGGACCAACGACGACGAAGUUCGACGUGAAUACGAGGAGAAGCUCUUACGACGCGCAUGCGAUGAGCUCGAAGUCGCCUCUUCAGGCGAAAAGGGCGCUAAGAGGGGCGUGGCACUCCAGCUGGCUCGUGACAUGGUCAUCAUCAAACAUCCCUAUGAGCUCGCUUGGGUAGUUUACCUUGAGUGGCAGGAUGUUGAAAGCUAUGAGCAAUGGGAUGUUGGCAUCCUUCGGGAGUUUAUUGAAUUCUUCCCGGACAAUGGCCUUGCCAAAGUUCUCAAAGGAUUUCUUGCCAGUGAAAUUUCGCCAUUUGAGAAGGAGGAAUCGGCAGAGGAGGAACUCGACUCUGCAUCCGUCAGCAAAGACACCGAUAUCACUGACGGUACUGGCGACGUUGCGGCUCAGGACAGAUUGAUCCUGAUGGCCGAAGGACUCGAUAUGGCUAGCUCUUCGCCCAUUGCUCAUCGUAUCAUGGCGGACCUGUACCUCAUGCUGGAAGAGUACGAGAGCACCGUUGACGUGGCCCGAAAGGGUCUGCUCAAUGUCAAUGAGCUUGUCAGAACCACUGGCGCAAAACUCACUCAUAUUCGCGAUGCCUUGAAUAUUUCUCUUGCCAACUCCUUGAUCUACCACCAGUCACCGCGCUAUCACCCAGAGGCCAAGGGGAUUUUGGAAGAUAUCUUGAAGAGGAAGCCCAAAUCCACGAUUUGUCUCCUUGGCAUUGGAUUGGUCCUAAAGGUCGAUCAAGACUAUCCGGAUGCAGUCAGCUUCCUGGAACGUGCCUUGGCGCGUGAUCCUUCCAACAUCAAGAUCCGCGGUGAGCUCUAUUGGUGCAAAGCGCUGAAUGGCGAUUUGGAGGGUGGCCUGAAGGGUUUGCAAGACUCCCUUGCAAGUCUGCAGGAAGAGCAACCCCAGAACAAGACCUUCAAGUCAGAACUUCUAUAUCGUAUUGGCUAUUGUCAAUGGGAGCUUGAUCCUUCUGUAGCAGCCAGAAAAGAUCGCAAUGGCGCCUACGCAAACUUCCUUGGAUCCAUCAAAGCAAACAUGAAUUUUGCCCCAGCCUACAGUUAUCUUGGCUUUUACUACGCGGACUACAAGAAGGAUAAGAUCAGAGCACGCAGAUGUUUCCACAAAGCAUUUGAACUCUCCGCGUCAGAGACCGAAGCCGCUGAACGCCUGGCUAGAGGAUUCGCCGAUCAGAAGGAGUGGGAUCUCGUCGAGGUGGUCUCACAGCGUGUUGUCGACUCGGGCAAAGCCAAGCCUGCACCAGGUUCCAAGCGCAAGGGCUAUAGCUGGCCGUACGCAGCACUUGGUACAGUGCAGAUCAACAAGCAGCAAUACCCGAAGAGCAUCGUCUCAUUUCAGGCGGCUCUUAGGAUUUCACCUGAAGAUUAUCACUCCUGGGUUGGUCUUGCUGAAAGCUACCACCACUCCGGCCGAUUUGUUGCUGCUACGAAGGCAUUUGAGCAUGCACGAACCCUAGAGCACAACCUUUCCAGCGAUGAGCAAGAGCAAAUCUGGUUUGCCCGGUACAUGCUUGCAAAUGUCAAGAGAGAACUAGGCGAAUACGACGACGCUAUCGCUAGUUACGAAGACGUCCUGACCACCCGACCUGAUGAUGUUGGUGUGACCAUUGCCCUUCUCCAGACACUGACCGAAAGCUCGUGGAAGAGCUUGGACCAUGGUCUCUAUAACCAGGCCGCCGAGCUUGCCUGCCAAGUUAUUAAGGUGGCUGGCUCACUCGUGAACGUCCGGAGUGACAUUUUCAAUCUGUGGAAGGCUGUUGGUGAUGCCUGUGCAAACUUCUCCUAUAUCAGGAAGAAGGUUGAUAAAUUGUGUCUGACUGACUGCAAGGCUUUGUUGUCUACUGAAUUGGAUCCUGUUGCUCUUGACAUCAUGACUGAUGCUGAUGGAGUGGGAAUGACCUGUCUGGACACUAUUGAUGGGCAGGAUAUCGCUCCGUCUGAUUCUUGUCUGUAUCUAUCCAUUCUGGCGUACAAGCGUGCGAUCUAUGUUUCCUUGCAAGACAGUCACGCCCAGGCUGUGGCAUGGUACAACCUUGGCUGGGCGGAAUAUCGGGCCUACAGAAGCAAGAAUUCACGCAAGUUCCUGAAGACGGCAAUGCGCUGCUUCAAGAGAGCCAUUGAGCUCGAGGCCGGCAAUUCGGAGUUCUGGAACUCGCUCGGUGUCGUUACUACCAGCAUGAGUCCCAAGGUGGCACAGCAUGCCUUUGUGCGUAGUUUGCAUCUGAAUGACCGUAGUGCUCAGGUGUGGACCAACCUGGGAGCGCUUUAUCUCCUUCAUAAUGAUAUUCAGCUUGCCAAUGAGGCUUUUACUCGUGCUCAGUCGACCGACCCAGACUAUUCGCAAGCUUGGGUUGGCCAAGGGUUCCUUGCACUUCUGUUCGGAGAUCCCAAGGAGGCGCGGGGUCUUUUCGAGCACGCAUUCGAUAUCUCAAGCUCCUCCGUCAUACUUCCGAAGCGUCAAUACUCGGUUACCCUUUUCGACCAUCUGCUCUCCGACCCGAAGUCAUCCAAUGAGGUUUCCGAGCUCAUUCAGCCAUUUUUCGCCCUCCAUCAGCUGUGUACCCAAGACCCUUCGAACCUUCCGUUCAUGCAUCUUUCUUCAUUGCUCGCAGAGCGGAUGGGGGAAAUUGCCGACGCCGAGUCUAGUCUGGAGGUUGUCUGCUCUGGCAUGGAGGCGGACUUUGAAGAGUCUGAAUCCCCUGCCUCGCUUUCAAAGUUUGCACAGGCGAACGCAGAUAUGGCUCGCGUUUUGCUUGCACGCCAUGAGUUCGAGCAGGCCGCAGAGAAAGCAGAGCUUGCGCUGACUCUCUCUGGAGAAGAAGAUGCUGAAAAAUUUGACCCAGAGGCAUGCAGCAAGCUUCGUCUUUCGGCACACUUGACUGCCGGUCUCGCGUACUAUUAUACAAAGUCAAUGGACCAGGCCAUUGAUAUGUUCCGCGAUGCCCUUCAGGAAGCAAACAACGCCCCUGAUGUGGUAUGCCUUCUUGCUCAGGUCCUUUGGGCCAAGGGCGGCGAGGAGGAACGGUCAGUUGCACGCCAACAGCUCUUCGAUUGUGUGGAGAACCACCCCGACCAUAUCGGGGCCAUCACCCUCCUUGGAGCCAUCGCGCUCCUUGACUCGGACAAGGACGCCAUCGAAGCCGUCGAGUCCGAUCUUCACAACAUGAUUACGCGGGAUGACAUUGACAUCCACGACCGCGCCAAACUUCUCAAGCUCCUUUCUGCAAUCUCAGCGAUGGGAUUCACCGACGAUGCUGCUCUUCCCAGGACAUACGUCUGA